AUGCUGACACGGACUGGAUCUGACGACAUGGCGCUCUUGACGGACUCCGAUACAUUACGGAAAGGACUUGUUGCGAGAUCGGACACUGACGACACGGCAUGUUUAACGGACUUGCGGAAGAGAUCUGAUGGAGGUGAGAAGCGAGCUAUGACUCCUUCUGCCCUACCUCCUCGCGUCUUAAGGGGUCGCUUCCUAAAAACGAAGGAAGGCUCUUCUAAGGGCCACUCUGGGGGGGACUCGGACACUGUCUCAAGGCCGGUCACCCCCACUCCCGGAUUUGGACCUAGAGACGACGACGGGUCGAUGUCGGAUGCCUCCAUGCAUUCAACAGUCUCGACGGUGACUGCGACGCCUAUGAAGAGGCCCAGCACCGUCCUGUAUGGAGAAUCGGACGCAGAGAACCCCGCGGGCGCUGUUGCUAAAAAGAAGCCGGCUGCUCGUAGGGGUAGGGGCGCACGUACCCCUUCGUCUGCGUCCGUGAGGCCCGCUGCCAAAACGGACUUGACAUCUGCUUCUGAGGAGGAGCCUUGCCCCGGCCCCUCUUACAGAAAUGCCUUGGUUGGGACGGCUAGGAGCUCCUCUACAAGCCCUAGGCCCACGAUAAACUCCCUGGACCGACAGGAACUCAGGUCCCUUGCCGACCAGUGCGUUGUUCGACUUUUUAACGUCGCGAAAACGUCGAACAACCUCAAGGGGCCCUAUGUCAGGGACAUCAAGGAGGCCGCCCAAACUAUGAGCGACAUAGUUGAGAUGCUCGCUAAUCGGACGGCCUCGGAGGAGUUGCGGCGCUUGUGGGCAAACAAUGCUCGUCUCGAGAACGAGAACGAGCACCUGAGGACCGAACUCAGGGCCCUCAGGAGGGACUUCUCUGAAAGGAAGAAGUCCCCUGCCCGUGAGCCCGCGCCGGCGACAGAGCCUCCCCUCGGCAUCUCGGAUAUGCUGGGAGAGCUGCAGCGGGCAUUGACUCUCACCAUGGGUGAGAUGAUCAAUGCUCGCAUCGCUGGCCUGGAGGACCGCCUUCUUCCGGCGAAGAGGGUCCGUCCGCCACUACAGGCGGACUUAAGGAGGGAGGUGGAACCGGUGGCCGGGCCCUCCAAACCAGCCGCAGCCCAAGCGGCGAAGAAGGCGUCUUCGAAGAAGGACCCCGGUCCCAAGAAGGGCCCUGCUCCAGCGCAGGCCAAGAAGGCCCCGGCGCAGGCCAAAAAGGCUCCGGUGCCGCCCAAAAAAGGAUCGCAGUCGGCCAAGAAGGCUGGUCCUAGUGCCACCACAUCCCCUCCGUCCACCGUGACGGACGAGGCGCGUGGUGAGGCCUGGACGACGGUCACCCGAAAGGGUAAGAAGAAGAAGAAGCCGUCGUCCGGUGCCAAGCAGGCUCAGCCGGAUCCCUCCGCCGGUAAGGUCAAAAAGAAGGAGGUGAAGCUGACCCCCCCCAAAUCGUCCGCUGUGUCCAUUACACUGACACCGGAGGCCACAGAGAGGGGGGUCACUUACCAGCAGGUGCUAGAGAAGGCACAGAGCGCCAUUGACCUGGGGCAACUUGGCAUUGGCGCUCUGAAAUUCAGGGUGACCAGCACCGGGGCCCGCAUGUUUGAGGUCCCGGGCAUGCAGAGCGGGGAGAAGGCCGACCUUCUCGCGGAGAAGCUGCAGGAGGUCGUUGGAGAGGUGGCCAGGGUACGGAGGCCAGUGAAGACUGCGGACCUCCGCAUCACUGGCCUCAGCGACGCCGUUACACCGGACCGCAUCGCUUCAGCGGUGGCCGAGAAGGGAGGAUGCCCUACUAGUGCGAUCAAGAAUGGAGUUAAAUUUAAUAAACCAACUUCAACACCCACUAGGCCGGCCGAGGGUGGAGUCGAGUCAGUGAUGUGGAACCAGGUACAUCCAGGUCGAGUAAUCAAACAACGAGCGCAAUUUGUGAAGCUCGCUGUGCUUUAUAACUAG